GAGCAUGGUGGACUUUGCGCAGUGCUGCCAGGAGAUCGACUUCGAUUGGGGCUGCGUCUUCCCGGAGGCCGGCGGCGCGGCGGCCGAGGCCUCGGGCGGGCACGGCAACUGGCGUCGCGACGCAGAGGCCGAGGCGGCGCUGCCGAUUUGCUUCACGUCUGACCACGCGCUGCACCUGCGCCGCGCGCCUCCCGCCUCCCUCGAGCUGUGUGGCGGCGGCGGCGGCGGCGGCGGCGGCGGCGGCGGCGGCGGCGGCGGCGGCGGCGGCGGGCUGCGCCCGUUCGUGCCGCCGCGACACGUCCACAGCCGCGCCACGGAAGGUGGCGCGCCAGAGGUGUGGGGGCCGCUCACGUGUGGCGGCUGCGGCGCGCUCGUCGGCGCGGCGCGGCGCGAGUCGGCGGGCGGCGACGGCACGAGCGCGGCGGCGCCGCUAUGGUUUGAGGAGCGCGUACCGUCGGUGUGUCGCACCAGCAUGCAGCUGCUCAAGUGCGCGGUUGCCGUCGCCCGGUCCGACCCGCCGCAUCUUUUCUCGGCGCCGCAAGGGGCGAUGCUCUGCACCGUGGCGUCGGAGGACGGCUCGGCGGCGGCGGGCGAUCCCUUAACGCAUGGGUCGGAGGCCUUUGACGGCUCUCAACAGGAGGGCGUCGCCGCUCCCGCCCGCCCGCCCGCCCGCAUACCGCUCUUCAGCACCUUCAGCCUCGGCUCCGUCGUCGCUUGGCGCAUGCUGCGCGAGGCGUGCGACGCAGACGACGGCUCCGACGCGGCUGGCGGCGCGCCGCGCAACUUUGCCCUCUGCGACGCGGCCACCGCCGAGCCGCUCCUCCUCCUCACCCUCCUCUCGCCGCACGUGACGGUCCACACAAACCUCAAGCGCGCCGAGGGGCGCGGCGAGGUGGUGGCGGAGCCCACGUCUCCCGACCACUCCGACGGCAAGGGCGGCGGCACCGGCGCCUGGGCGGCGGGCGAGGUUGCGGAUGCCGUCAAAGUGAUGUACGGCGAGGCGGGUGGCGACGGGCCGGGGCGGGCCCUCGCGCGAUGGCACGCCACCGGAGGGCUUCGGCUGCUCUGGCUCGCGAGGGAGGGGUGCGAGGCGGUGUUGUCCGAGCUGCGCGCUUCGGCGCGCCUCGUGCCGCGCGUGGGCAGGCGGCUUGGCGCGCUGGAGCUCGGAUUCCUGCCGGUGGCGCCCACGUGGGAUUGACGAGAGAGGGCCGCCAGGCUUGGGGUCCGUCAAACGGAAAGUACGCCGUUCGUACUGCAGCGGAGGUACUGUUGCCAGCGAUGUGCGGGCACUUACUUACUUGGAGUGCGGUUUGUGGAGCAUUAUUACUAGUUUGGAAGGUUGAAAUG